CUCCGCCUCACUACCAUGCAUGGCAUGAACGGCUUUGGCAAUGGCAAGAUCCACACACGCCGCAAGUGCCGCAAUCGAUUCGUCAAAAAAAACGGCCAGUGCAAUGUGCAGUUUACCAACAUGGACGAGAAGUCGCAACGCUACAUGGCUGACAUCUUCACCACGUGUGUCGACAUUCGCUGGCGAUGGAUGCUGGUAGUCUUCACUCUUGUGUUUGUCGUCUCCUGGCUGGCCUUUGGGUUAGCCUUUUGGGUCAUUGCUCUGUUGCAUGGUGAUCUGGAUAACCCAGCAGGAGAUGACAACUUCACUCCAUGUGUUCUGCAAGUCAACGGAUUUGUGGCCGCCUUUCUUUUCUCCAUCGAAACACAGUCGACGAUAGGCUACGGUUACCGCUGCGUCACGGAGGAGUGCCCAGUAGCUGUCUUUAUGGUGGUUUUCCAGUCCAUUGUAGGGUGCAUCAUUGACUGCUUUAUGAUUGGUGCCAUCAUGGCCAAGAUGGCGAGGCCUAAGAAGCGAGCACAAACACUUUUAUUUAGCCACAACGCUGUCAUUGCCAUGAGGGACGGAAAGCUGUGUCUCAUGUGGAGGAUAGGCAAUCUUCGUAAAAGCCACAUUGUUGAAGCCCAUGUUAGGGCACAGCUCAUCAAGCCUCGGGUCACAGACGAGGGGGAAUAUAUUCCUCUAGAUCAGAUUGACAUUAAUGUGGGCUUUGACAAAGGCUUGGACAGGAUUUUCUUGGUUUCGCCCAUUACUAUUCUCCAUGAGAUUGAUGAGGAGAGCCCCCUUUUUGGGAUUGGCAAACAGGACUUGGAAACAGCAGACUUUGAGAUUGUUGUCAUUUUGGAAGGCAUGGUUGAAGCAACCGCCAUGACCACACAGGCUCGCAGCUCCUACUUGGCCUCCGAGGUCCUUUGGGGCCAUCGGUUUGAGCCAGUUUUGUUUGAGGAGAAAAACCUGUAUAAGGUGGAUUAUUCUCACUUUCACAAAACGUACGAGGUACCGUCCACCCCCCGCUGCAGUGCCAAGGACAUGGUGGAAAACAAGUUCCUAGUUCCCAGCUCUAACUCCUUCUGCUAUGAAAACGAGCUGGCCUUCCUUAGCCGUGAUGAGGAGGAGGAGGACGUAGGUGGAGGGAGCAGAGUGCUGGCGAAUCUCAGUCCAGACCGGAACAGCCGACAUGAGUUUGAACGCUUACAGCCCAACAGGGCACUGGAUCAAAGGUCAUACCGUAGAGAAUCGGAAAUAUGACCCCUAUCCACUGGCCCAGGUUGGAGGUCAUGUCAAUGUUCAAUAACUUUAUCUGAGGAUAAUUAUGCCGAACAAUGCAAAGUGCCAUAGGAACUGACUACUGUGAAAGAUUGGAAGCAGAAACAGGACAACAAUGCAAAAGGGAUUUGCAUAAUAGGAAUGGAGCGAAGCACGAGUAGAAAUUGUGGUAAGGAAUGUCUACAAUCAAGGAAAAGGCUAGAGAAAGACCUUCUUCCUUCAUGGAAACUUGAAUCUUUUUUCACUUGGUCAUUUUGAGUUAAGCGUGUUCAACGACAUGCAUCAAAAACUGUUAUGACAGAACCUUUUAAUCUAAUUUUAGGUGUAAAUACGUUUCUUAGGUAAGUUAUGUUUUGUGUGCAGUAUCAGUUUCCAAGAAUCACCUCUUAAAAGAAAAUGGAAUUAGCUUUUCCUACUUGUUAUUGGGCACAAAUACAAUGCGUCUCUUCAGAGCCCACUUGUAUUACUGUAAUGUGCCGGACCUGUGUUCAGUGACACAUUGAAAAUUCAUGCACUGCAGCAUUCAGAUGCAAUGAGCCAUCAUAAAACAGCAAGCCACUGAAAACAACAUCGUUCAACACCCUUGUGUUGACAUCGGUGUGAUCUCAAAAUGAAGGGAGAACAAGCUAUUGCACUAUAAGGAACAUGGAGGAAAAUGCUGAUUGACAAAGACAAGCUAUUUAUUAAAUCCCAAAAUGCCUCAUAUUCUAAUAUUUUAUUAAAAAUGCACAAGCCACCAACAUCGUGCCCCGCUACGUGGUCAGGAAAAAACAAAUCUAAAGCACAAAUGGCAAUGAACCACCUUUAAUGAACAUUUUGCAAUUGCACAAACUUAAAUUC